UGCGCGCGUAGCUACGUCCUCGUCGUUUAUUAUUUUUUUUUUCGUUCCGCGCGCGACCGAAUCGAAUAAUCGAGCGCGAGAAGAAGGAAAAGAGCACGAAGAGAACGAUCCCGUGACCAACAAAAAGGAAAUGCCUCUGUUCAGGCGCGACCCGGCUAAACGGCCCAAAAAGGACGACAGAUUUGCCUCUAUCGAGGACAAAUAUGUCCUCAAGGAACAGCUUGGCACGGGCGCUUUCUCGGAAGUGAGGCUAGCAGAAAGCAAAGACAGACCUGGCAUGAUGUACGCAGUUAAGAUCAUCGACAAGAAAGCCCUCAAGGGCAAGGAGGAUUCUCUUGAGAACGAGAUCAAAGUGCUGAGGAGGUUCAGUCGAUGCGUGAACUCAUACGGCGGCGACGGCACGCUCAAGUGCGACGAUAGUAAUGAGGAAAAGGAAUGGCUGACGCACCCGAACAUCGUGCAGCUACUCGAGACUUUCGAGGACAAGCACAAGGUCUACCUGGUCAUGGAGCUGGUGACAGGUGGCGAGCUGUUCGACCGCAUCGUCGCGAAGGGCUCGUAUACAGAGCGCGACGCCUCGAGUCUGAUACGCCAGGUGCUCGAGGCCGUGGACUACAUGCACGAGCAGGGCGUCGUGCACCGCGACCUCAAGCCGGAGAACUUGCUCUACUACAGCCCCGACGAGGACAGCAAGAUCAUGAUCAGCGACUUUGGCCUGUCCAAGAUGGAGGACUCGGGUAUCAUGGCCACUGCCUGCGGCACGCCUGGAUAUGUCGCUCCCGAGGUGCUGGCCCAGAAGCCCUACGGCAAAGCGGUGGACGUCUGGAGUAUAGGCGUCAUAUCCUACAUUUUGCUCUGCGGCUAUCCUCCGUUCUACGACGAGAACGAUGCCAAUCUGUUCGCUCAGAUACUCAAAGGUGAAUACGAAUUCGACUCUCCGUACUGGGACGACAUCAGCGACUCGGCCAAGGACUUCAUCAGCAGGCUCAUGUGCGUCGACGUCGAGAAGCGCUACACGUGUAAACAGGCGCUCGGACAUCCCUGGAUCAGCGGCAACGCGGCGAGCAACAAAAACAUCCACGGUACGGUAUCGGAACAACUUAAAAAGAACUUCGCCAAGUCGAGGUGGAAGCAAGCCUAUCAUGCGACCACGGUCAUACGCCAGAUGCAGAGACUGGCCUUGAACAGCAGUGCGACCAGCAGUGCGACCAGCAGCCCUCAACCUCAGCAUCAUCAGCACGUCAGCCAAGGUUUCAACAGCGGCCCUGCCUCAGGCGCAGCGAGCCCGAACCACCGGAAUUAUUGAGGCUCCAGCGCCUCGAGUUUCAACGCCACCACCAUCUCGUCGUGCUCGCCAGCAGCAAUACCACGCCGACUCACUCGCCGCCCUCGUCCAGCUCAUCCAACUCGCCCCAGCGCCCGCCAAGGCUCGUAGGCCAGAAGCUCUGGGCGA